GUUGCUGUGUCUGUGUGAAGGUGUGGGCUCUGCUAUGAAUCAGUGUGAGGACAGAGAGGAGGGAGUCCCUCCCUCUAAAAGACAAAAGUGUGGGGAACAUGACACAAGGACCAAAGCUCAGAGGAUCCAUCAGAGACCAGACUGUCCUGAACCUGAACCCAGCUGUGUGUCCAUGAAGAGUGAUCGCUCUAUGGGUCGUCUUAUAGACUUCAAAGAUGGCCGCCACUCUGUUGAUCAAAGAGUGGACCAGGAGAGCUCAGAGGUUCCCAGUGGUCAGUCUGCCCAGCAGCAUCAAACACACCUGGACUCCAUAUUUAUGCUGCUGGAGGACAACAUUGUCACUUUUGUGAAGAACGAGCUGAAGAAGAUCCAGAAGGUUCUGAGUUCAGAUUACCCACAAUGCUUGGAGAGUCAGAGGGAGGAUGAGGAGAGGUUGGAUGGUACAGAUGAAGAGCAGAGGAGGAGCAGCAGAGAGGCAUUUCUGAAGAUCACACUGCACUUCCUGAGGAGAAUGAAGCAGGAGGAGCUGGCUGACUGUCUGCAGAGCAAACAUAUUGUUGGAGUUUGUCAGCGGGAACUUAAAUCUAACCUGAAGAAAAAGUUCCAGUGUGUGUUUGAGGGGAUUGCUAAAGCAGGAAACCCAACCCUUCUGAACCAGAUCUACACAGAGCUCUACAUCACAGAGGGAGGGACUGCAGAGGUCAAUGAUGAACAUGAGGUCAGACAGAUUGAAAUAGCAUCCAGGAAACCAGACAGACCAGAAACAACAAUCAGACAAGAAGACAUCUUUAAACCCUCACCUGGAAGAGAUGAACCAAUCAGAACAGUGAUGACAAAGGGAGUGGCUGGCAUUGGGAAAACAGUCUUAACACAGAAGUUCACUCUGGACUGGGCUGAAGACAAAGCCAACCAGGACAUACAGUUCAUAUUUCCAUUCACUUUCAGAGAGCUGAAUGUGCUGGAAGAGAAAAAGUUCAGCUUGGUGGAACUUGUUCAUCACUUCUUUACUGAAACCAAAGAAGCAGGAAUCUGCAGGUUUGAAGAGUUCCAGGUUGUGUUCAUCUUUGACGGUCUGGAUGAGUGUCGACUUCCUCUGGACUUCCACAACACUGAGAUCCUGACUGAUGUUAGAGAGUCCACCUCAGUGGAUGUGCUGCUGACAAACCUGAUCAGGGGGAAACUGCUUCCCUCUGCUCGCCUCUGGAUAACCUCACGACCUGCAGCAGCCAAUCAGAUCCCUCCUGAGUGUGUUGACAUGGUGACAGAGGUCAGAGGGUUCACUGACCCACAGAAGGAGGACUACUUCAGGAAGAGGUUCACAGAUGAUGAGCAAGCCAGCAGAAUCAUCUCCCACAUCAAGACAUCACAAAGCGUCCACAUCAUGUGCCACAUCCCAGUCUUCUGCUGGAUCACUGCUACAGUUCUGGAGGAUGUGUGGAAGACCAGAAAGAGAGGAGAGCUGCCCAAGACCCUGACUGAGAUGUACAUCCACUUCCUGGUUGUUCAGUCAAAGCUGAAGAACCUCAAGUAUGAUGGAGGAGCUGAGACAGAUCCACACUGGAGUCCAGAGAGCAGGAAGAUGAUUGAGUCUCUGGGAAAACUGGCUUUUGAGCAGCUGCAGAAAGGCAACCUGAUCUUCUAUGAAUCAGACCUGACAGAGUGUGGCAUCAAUAUCAGAGCAGCCUCAGUGUACUCAGGAGUGUUCACACAGAUCUUUAAAGAGGAGAGAAGACUGUACCAGGACAAGGUCUUCUGCUUCGUCCAUCUGACUGUUCAGGAGUUUCUGGCUGCUCUUCACGUCCAUCUGACAUUCAUCAACUCUGGAGUCAAUCUGCUGGCAGAACAACAAACAACAUCCUGGUGGUCUCAAUUAUUUAAAGACAAAAGGAAUCUCAAAGAUCUCCACCAGAGUGCCGUGGUCAAUGCCUUACAGAGUCCAAACGGACACCUGGACUUGUUCCUCCGCUUCCUCCUGGGCCUUUCACUGUGGACCAAUCAGAAUCUCUUGCAAGGUCUGCUGACACAGACAAGAAGUAUCUCACAGACCAAUCAGGAAACAGUCCAGUACAUCCAGAAGAAGAUUGAAGAGACUCCCUCUGCAGAGAGAAGCAUCAAUCUGUUCCACUGUCUGAAUGAAUUGAAUGAUCGUUCUCUAGUGGAUCAGAUCCAACAGUCCCUGAGUUCAGGAAGUCUCUCCACAGAUAAACUGUCUCCUGCUCAGUGGUCAGCUCUGGUCUUCAUCUUACUGUCAUCAGAAAAAGAUCUGGACGUGUUUGACCUGAAGAAAUACUCUGCUUCAGAGGAGGCUCUUCUGAGGCUGCUGCCAGUGGUCAAAGCCUCCAACAAAGCUCUACUGAGUGACUGUAACCUCUCAGAGAGAAGCUGUGAAGCUCUGUCCUCAGUUCUCAGCUCCCAGUCCUUUAGUCUGAGAGAGCUGGACCUGAGUAACAACAACCUGCAGGAUUCAGGACUGAAGCUGCUGUGUGUGGGACUGAAGGGCCCACACUGUACACUGGAAACUCUCAGACUGAGUGGCUGUAACCUCUCAGAGAGAAGCUGUGAAGCUCUGUCCUCAGUUCUCAGCUCCCAGUCCUCUAGUCUGAGAGAGCUGGACCUGAGUAACAACAACCUGCAGGAUUCAGGACUGAAGCUGCUGAAUGUGGGACUGGAGAGUCCACACUGCACACUGGGAAUCCUCAGGGUGGAGCCUGCUGGAGUCCGAUGGUUGAGACCAGGUCUGAGGAAGUAUUCCUGUGAACUCACAGUCGACACAAACACAGUACACAGAAACAUCAAACUGUCUGACAACAACAGGAAGAUGAUUUAUGUGAAGGAGGUUCAGUCAUAUCCUGAUCAUCCAGACAGAUUUGACUUCUGGCCUCAGCUGCUGUGUAGAAAUGGUCUGACUGGUCGCUGUUACUGGGAGGUCGAGUGGAGAGGAAGAGUUUCUAUAUCAGUGGGUUACAGAGGAAUCAGCAGGAGAGGAGACAGUGGAAACUGUGGGUUUGGAAGGAAUGAUCAGUCCUGGAGUCUGGAGUGCUUUGAUGAUGGUGGUUACUCUGUCUGUCACAAUAACAGAAGAACAUCCUCCUCCUCCUCCUCCUCCUCCUCCUCCUCUGGUAGAGUAGCAGUGUAUGUGGACUGUCCUGCUGGCACUCUGUCCUUCUACACAGUCUCCUCUGACACACUGAUCCACCUCCACACCUUCAACACCACAUUCACUGAACCUCUUUAUCCUGGGUUCGGGUUCGGGUUUGGGUUCAGCUCUGGUUCCUCAGUGUCUCUGUGUCCUCUGUAGGAGGGAGAGAGAAACUUUCUCACUGCUGACCAGAUAGUUCAGUCUGUACAGGAUCACACACAGCUGAUGUUAGUUAGUACCAACCUGAUGUGUUUACUGUAAUAGAGGAGGAAGAGGAAGCUGAAGGAAGAGAAGAGCAAAGGAUGCUGGGAUGAAGGGAUCAUGUGUGAGGGUAAUGUGCAGCCUGCAGACGUAGAGAUAAAGAAAUGAUAGAAAGAAUUGAUCUUCUUCUAUAACUCUGAGAAAAAUGAAAAUUUUUAGGAUCAAAUGUGGCUGCUUGUUUUUUUCAAAUCUUCUUCUUUUUGAAAGCACAGUUAGAGGGAAAGUGUUUUUAUGACUCAAAUAUUAAAGUGUGAACAAAUAUUCAACUUUGAGUCUAAAACUGAACUUUGUUGCCUUAAAACUUUUGUUUCUGUGAAGAAAAAAUGUGUUCAAAUGUCAAACAAGAGUCUUUCAGGAUCAAAUUCAGCAUCUGUGUAAAAAUAGUUCCAAGGUGUAAAGAGUGGCUUUGAUUGGAACAAACUAAAUUCAUCAUCUUUGGUCAUCCUGGAACAAAUGUACAAACUUUGAUAAGUCAGGUUAAAAUCAAAAGAAAUCAAAGUUUUGGGAUGAUUCUAGAUAAUAAAUGAUGCUGGAAACCACAUCUAAAUGAUGUCAAAGCAAAACUGUCCAAAUGGAUCCAACACUGUAUAAAAUGAAGGAUUAGUUAAAUCCAGCUUCAUACUUUAUAUUGAAAGUGAAAGAGUCCAAAAGUUCUUUGAAAUGAGAUAAAGUCUAAUGAUUAAUUUCAUGAACAAAUUUAAAAGUGAUCAGACUGACAUGUUGGCAUUAGUACAGUAGAGAUAGUGUCACAUUAGUCUGACGUCAAACACUCAAUAAUCUGCAGCUUUUCACUCUUUUUUUUGGUUUGUUUUUUCUAUUUUGCAAUUUUUUUGUCUCAUUAUUUGUGUAAAAUUUCAAUUUGUUUACUCUGAAUGUUUCCUUUCUUAUCAACAUGUUUGCUUUUACUGAUUAUUCCUUGUAAAACAUUCAAUUUAAAACUUGUAAAAACUACUUUAUUCAGUUUUUCUUUUUCUUUAACUUUCUUGUCCUGAUGUCACUGUGAUGUUGCCACAGUGUAUGAUUUCUGUCUGUCUUUGUCAUUCUUGUUCAAUAAAGUUUUAAAGAAAUAAACCUGCUGGUGA